AUGGAGCUAACCAACAGCCCCUGGAAAGCCAUCUUGAUUACAAUAUACACAGUAGUGCUCCUUGGAGGGGUAUGUGGAGCUAUCACCAUAUCAUUUCUCCUGGUGAAAAUGAAUACUUUAUCGGUGACCACGACAGCAAUCAUAAAUCUGGUGGUAAUUCACAGCCUUUUCCUUGUGACUGUGCCAUUCCGGCUGUACUACUACAUCACAGACAAGUGGGUCUUCGGACAUCCCUUUUGUAAAACUGUGAGUGUAAUGAUACACAUCCAUAUGUACCUCACCUUUCUAUUCUACCUGUUUGUUUUGGUAACCAGGAACCUUAUUUUCUUUAAGUGGAAAGAUAAAUUGGAGUUCUACAGGAACCUGCACGCUAUGGCAAGCAGCAUAGCUAUAUGGAUUCUGGCUGGUGUUAUCGCUCUACCGCUCAUUUACCAUCACUAUGGGAAAACUGGGGAUUAUAACAGCACCACCUGUUUCACAUUCCACCAGGAGCUAAAAGAAAACUCCGUGAAAGAACUGAACUACAGUGUCAUUGCUCUCAUGGUUCUAAUAACCUGCGCCCUUUUGGGCUUGCAAGUUUUCAUCAUUCUCAAAGUGGUCAAGAGGCUAUCAGGAUCCAUUUGCUCACAUCAAGAGUUUCGGGCCCAGCUAAAAAGUCUGAUUUUCAUUUGGGUCAUCAUUUUUUGUUUCCUUCCUUACCACUUUUUCCGGAUUUAUUACAUUCAGAAAUUUGAGGGCAGUUCUCAGUUGGAGAUUUACAAUGAAUUUUGUUUGAGCAUCACCGCAGUCAGCUGCCUUGAUUUGUUGUCCUUUGUGUUAAGUGGAAGCCAGCUCUGGAGGCGACAAGGAAUGGUCAUUUCAUGCUGUUAAACAGCCAUCUGCUACAUCGUAACGGCGUCUCUUGCUGGAUAGGAGAAUGGUAUAUGGCUCAGAUUCAUCGUUUUUAGGCAUUAUGCAUAUUUUACAUCCCUGGAGGCAUGCAAAAAUGUUUUCUUUACUACAUUUCAUGGA